GAGCCAAUGGAGAGAGAGAGGAGGGAAUUGCCUCAGCCCCAGCGAGAGGGGGAGAUGGGGCUGUUGGUCCGUGUCGACGCAGCUCCAGAGGUGAGCACAGUGGUUUUCCCCAGCCCCCGCACCCUGGGGCACAGCUCCUCGCAGGGCAGGCGGUCGUUCUCUUGCCCUUCGGGCCACUGGGCCGUAGGCGCCUGGCGGGCGGCGGGGCGUAGCCUUUAUCUCGUGACUAGGGCAUUGGCUUCGCGGUAGGGGGCGCCCCCAUCACAUGAUGCGGAUGCGGCGCCGUGACAGCAAUCAGCUUUAGGAUACCCCUAAAUAAGUUUGCAAUUGUGACUCUUCUAUAGAAGCGACAGUAUGUUUAUAAGGCCCUCGUGUUAUGCUCUUAAGAAAAAAGAAAAGACUAGCAGCUUUUGGAGCUGGCAACUUUGACCAGGGAACACCAUGACCCACACUACCAUUUCUGCAGCUUUUGCUAUUCCUCAGUUACUGAGAGCAUAAUGAAAUCCAAAAAGAAAACAGAUCAUCUGGCGAGAACGGCAAAUAACUUUCGACAGGAGGUUAUUUCUCCAGCAAAAGUGUGUGGCAUCACCAAUGAAUCUGAAACAGUUAAAAGACUUCGCUUGGCUGUCACAAAUAAGGAUUUUACUUUUAAAGCAGGACAGUGGGUAGAUUUCUUUAUUCCUGAAGUUGCCAUAGUUGGUGGGUUCUCAAUAUGCUCCAGCCCUGGUCUACUGGAACAAGAUGGAGUAUUGGAACUGGCAGUAAAACAUACUGUACAUCCUCCUGCUCACUGGAUUCACACUCAGUGCUCUCUUGACUCAGAAGUGGCUCUGCGAGUGGGAGGCAAUUUCUUCUUUGAUCCUCAACCUGCUGAUUCCCCUGUAAACCUUGUGCUGAUAGCAGGGGGAGUAGGAAUCAACCCAUUGUUUUCCAUACUGCUACAUGUAGCAGAUUUUCAUAGAAAUCAAGAGAGUGAAAAAAAUGGGUAUAAAAUGGGAACAGUGAAGCUGUACUAUAGUGCAAAAAACACAAGUGAACUCUUAUUUAAGAAUAAUAUCUUUGGUUUGAUGAACGAAUUUCCUGGAAAGAUCACAUGCAGUUUCCAUGUUACUCAACAGAGUUCACAAAUCUGUGAAGAACUUCAGCCAUAUAUCACUGAGGGAAGAAUAUCUGAAAAGGAACUAGAAAAACAUGUGUUUAAGGAUACUUUAUGGUACAUCUGUGGUCCACCUCCAAUGAUAGAAUCUAUAUCCAAACUACUAGAAAACUUUGGUGUUCCUACAGACUGCAUUUACUUUGAAAAGUGGUGGUAGCAACAGCUACUUAGCAGAAAAUAAAAACUGAAAACAACUAAUCUAUGUAUUUUGAUGAAUAAAAAGUGCCUGAAAUGCACAGAAGAUGGACUUUACUAUGACCUCACUGACUGCAAGAUUUCACUAUACACACAUGAAAUCUUUACGCACAUGAAAUCUUCUUGUAUCUAGUAACAAUUCCCAAAUUAUCCUAUAAUGCACUCUGAUUUGGGUCAUUAUUGCUUUUGGAAAAAAAACUGUGUAUUUUAUAUUAAAGACAUGAGCCAUUUGUUUUUUGUAUUUCACUUAUUUGCUACUGAUUUGUGUAGUACUCUUUUUUUUGUUAAUUAGGCAGCUUUUUAAACAUUCAAAUACUAUUUUCAUUAUGACUAUAACUUAACUUGCAAUUAACUAAAUGUGUAAAAAUGACCAGAUGUAAUCUGUAAUGUAUUAAUUCUGACUAUAAUUUUGUAAGCUAAGCAAGGCCAGACUGGGUCACUAGUUGGUGAGGGUCUCAUCUCCCUGCUGUUGCAGAUAGUGAUAUUGACACAGUAUUAAUAUUGGCACAAUUCCCAGAGUCCUAUUUAGAUGCUGCAGCCUGAUAGGGUGCUGUUUUCCUGAGAUUACUCUUCUUUGAAUGAGAUAUAAAGCAGGUCUUGACCACUUCUGGGUAUUAAAGAUCCUAUAAUAUUUUCAAAAGUCUAGAGCAGUCUCACCUUCUCUUGGGCUAAUUCUAAAUUACAUUCUGCUUACCUAAACUUACUUUUAUUUAAUUGGAUAAAUUUACCCAUUCACUUUCUGUUGUACAAGGGGAAAAAGCCAUUUAGAAGGACUUCUGUAUGCCACUGCCAACUGUGUUGGUGGUAAGUGAAAAGAGCGGUAUAUUCUGGUAUGAGUAUAGUUUGUAAUUAUGUGAAACAUUUUGAGGUUAACAAAGUGCUAAGUAAAUUGCAUAAUACAGUACAACUUCAGAGUUAUGAACUAACCAGUCAAUCACACCUCUCAUUGGGAACCAGAAGACUCAAGCAGCAGCAGAGACAAAAAAAAAAAGCACCGAAUACAGUACAGUACUG